AUGGGAAACUAUUGGCACGGAAUAUCUAAUGAGCAAUUACACUCUGCUGAAUUAGCUUUGCUUCGCAGAGGUGGACUCACACAUGAUUAGAUAAGGAUACAAGAUGUCAAGAUCCCAGUGCUUGCUUAUUAGUAUAGGAAAGGUUAGGACUAUGAACAUUUAUAUGAUGAGGCUGAGAAUUUCAUUCAUCAUAUUGAAAUAGACAUCAGAGAUGAAGAUGGAACUAAUCAAGAUUAAGGAAAGAACCUAAAGAAACCAACAUUUAUUCUCUUGCAUGGAUAUGGUGCUGGAGGAGCGAUUUUUUAUAAGAUGAUAAAAGAUCUAGGGAAGUAUUUUAGACUAUUUGUAGUUGAUCUGUAUGGAAUGGGAUCAUCAGGAAGGCCUUAAUUCCCUUUAUAGGAAGCAUGUUAAAGUGUUUAAGAGGCAGAACAGUUUUUUAUAGAAGCUUUACAAUAUUGGAUCGUAUAAGUUGGCAUAUAAGAGAAGUACUAUCUUGCAGGUCAUAGCUUUGGAGGAUAUAUAGCAGCAGCUUAUGCUCUCUAAUACCCUCAUGAUAUAGAGAAAGUCUUUUUGAUCUCACCAAUUGGAAUGCCUGAAAAACCUGAUGAAUAUGGCUCUCAACAUUUUGUGAGAAACUUUGACAAAAUGGCACCUUCGUUGGCUGCUAGGCUGAUAUAUCAAAUGUGGCAAAGAAAUUAUACUCCGUUCCACGUUCUAAGGUGGAGUGGAUAACUUGGUACCAAAAGAUUCCUAAAAUCGUACAUGUCGACCAGGCUUAAAAAGGUAUCUCAGUAAGAAGAAGCCUAGGAGAUUAGUCAUUACUUGCAUCAGAUAUUCCUCAGACCUGCUUGUGGAGAGUAUGCACUAAACUGCAUUUUAUAAGUAGGUGCGUUUGCUAGAUAGCCUCUUAUAUACAGAUUGCCUACAUUCAAUGAAAUAGAAAAUGCCCCUAAAGUAGUAUUUAUAUAUGGUGAUACAGAUUGGACAGAUCCCUCUCAUGCAAUGAUGCUCUUGUAAAGUGAAUAUUAGGGAUUAAAAAAUGCAGAAUUACACAUAGUCGAGGGCUCAGGACAUCAUCUUUAUGCUGAUAAUCCUGCCAGUUUAAUCUCCAAAAUUUUGAUUGAAGCAUUUGACAAUAGAAAAGCUGAAAAUUAUCUAAAAGUGAAAGAAAUUGAAUUAAAUGGGAUAUUAGAAGGUGAACCAGUAGAUAUUGAUCAAAUUGAAGAGUAACUUUUACUUCACUAACAUUAAUCUUGA